CCCAGGCUAAAACCAGAAGCACUGGCAGGCGCACAAUCUAUCCCGGGAGAGUUUGCGGUGGACUCUGUCGACUCUCAGUACAGAACGUCAGGACCUCACAUACACCGUGACACCUGGGUGUUUGUGAUACCUCCUGGCACUAACACAACAGUGCGUGUGGACUUCACACCUUCAGGCGCUCACCUUUCCUCUGCCCUUCUUCUGCUGAGAAACAAUCUGACGGUGUUGGACACAGUGCAGCUGUCGGGCUCGGGAGCGUACACUCAGUUCAAGUUUGGCAACCGUAAGCCUGGCUCCUCCACCCCUCUACUGUUUGAACUGGCCGAGAAACAUCUCAAAGACUGUGAAAGAGAGAAGCAGAGAAAGUUUCCAGCACCCAAUCUGACAGUGAAGCGUUCGUUCACUGCUCGAAACACAGGGGCUCUGCCCAUUCUGGUGCACGGGUUUCACAUCAGUGGCUUGCCUUGUGAGGGCUAUGGCUUCCGUGUGCUCAACUGUGAGGCCUUCCAGCUGCUCCCCAACACUACUCGCAAGGUGGACAUCGCGUUCACGCCAGACUUCACGUUGGCACGGGUACAGCGCACAUUGGGAGUGUGGACCAGCGAGAGUGACACUGCUGCCAACUACACACUGGUAGCAACAUUGCCACCAUUCCUACUCAGUUCGUGCUCCAACGUGUUGGCGCGUCCGGCCUGGGAGCCCUUGCUCUACUACUGUGCAGUCACGUUUAUGAUGUUUCUGCUGGUGUGUGUGCUGGCUGCAGCGUUUCUCGAGUCUGAUCGGGCACUAAAGUGUGCGCUACUAGCCAUGUCUCGGGACAAUGCCACUGUUCAACCUGUGCUUGAUCUCAAGUCAAUAGGCACGGGAGUAGGGGCAAGUCAUACCAGCAGCAGUGGAGGCAGCAACAGCAGCAAUAGUAGCAGCAGUAGUGGCAGCAGCAGCAGUAACAGCAGCAGUGGUGUGUUGUCCUCCUCCGCAGACAAACCCGAGCCUCCUGCCGUUCCGUGGAACAGGACUCCUGCACCUACUCCCCCGAGUCCGCACGAAUCCGAGGUGACCAAAGAGAAGGUUAAGGUGGAGGCGGAGAGUCCACCCCAGCCUAAGUGCAGUUCAGUGAAGAAGAAGGAGAAAGAGAGAGUGAGCAAGAGAUACAGUGAUCCGACCGACAGCGUCUCAGCUGAGCGGAGGAGCUCCUGGGCUAACGUCUUCACCAAGCCUGUGAACAGUCCUGUAUCCAAGCCCCAGGCCAAGGUGACUGUAGUAUCUCCCCCUUCCUCUCCUAUGGAACCCAACAAAGUAACUCCACCAGAGGGCAAGAAGAAGGUCUCCAAGAAAAAUUCAAAUCCUGGAAAAUGUGCACGGGAGAAGGAGACGCCAGUGUUACCAGUGGCCAGCCUAGGUCUGAGCGUGGGAGAGGACACCGAGACGUCCUCCACUACCACAGACAGCCACAUCCUCACUGUAUUUUAUGUAUAGGAAAAUGUGCACGGG